UCUCAGUUUCUAUUUAGUAUCCACAUCGAAUCGGUGGAUACGUGUUCGAUUUCCCCUAUUCAGUGUAAUACCCUUCGGGACGCGAUUUUGAUUAUACUCUUCCACGUUCGUGAAGUAAAAGUUAACGAUUAAUUACUCUUAAGGUAAUCGUUUAACAAGAGACGAACGUAGGCCUGAGUUUUAGUGAAACGUUUUUUAUUUUAUAUUUUUGCAUUUUUUUUGUUGCAUUAAUUUAAUCACAAGUGCCAUUGUGUCGAUCCUUUCUCUUUGUUAUCUUAAAGAAAUUUUAUUAUAUUUUUUCUUUUUUUUGUUGACAAAUAAUUUCAAUCAAUUCGUCGUCAUCGAUUACAGUGAUCCUUCAUCUCAAGGAAAAUUAAGAUUAAAAGGAUGCAUAUCCGAGUGAUCGCUUUGAUUACUUUACUCCUCGUCGUUCAAGGCUGGUGCAAACCGCCCAAUGACGUCGACAAUUUUGAGGAUUACAACGACGACGCUCAAGCUGAAGAGAAUGAAGAUUAUUCUCAAACUGAUGACGAGGAUGAGAGUCCGGACACUAUCGAGGAACCACCGCAAAUUAUAUCACAACCAAUAAGCAAACAUGUUAAAGUUGGUACCACCGUUACUCUACCAUGUCUGACGGAAAAUGCAGAUUCUUUUGCGAUUAUUUGGAAAAAGGACGACCAAUUUCUUUACUACGGAUCUAAUCCUAUGACAAAUGAACCUAAAAGAAUAGAAAGAACAGCGAAUAACAGUUUGGUGAUACAUAACGCUACGAUAAACGACUCAUCUAAUAAUUAUAUCUGCAGUAUUACCAGCCGUAUACCUAUUACGAUCACGCACAGAUUAAUCGUUGAACCUGCUAACGAUAGAUCACCAUCUAUGAUGAUGACAACAAUAACGACGACAUCAGUAACGACAACUACUCCACAAAUGGUUCCUACGUCACCUUCAAUACCAUUUAUACAAGUUGUACCUUCCAACAAAGUUGACGUUAAACAGGGUAACAAUGUCAAAUUUGCUUGUAACCCAUUCCCCAGGGAACAAUUUUCUCAAACGAAAAUGAAAUGGUAUCUCAAGAAUGUAAAAUUACAUAACGACAGUCAUACGCUGAUGCAUGGAAAUGAAAUUACCAUAUUUAAAGCUGGAAGACACGAUGCCGGAAUGUAUCAAUGUUUGGCUGAUAAUGGAAUGGAAAAUCCACCUAUUGCUGCCAUUCAUCUUAUCGUUCAUUACGCUCCGGAGAUUGAAACGGAACAUGAUAUUGUACACACGGGAGACGGCGUUGAGUCAGAAAUCACGUGUAUCGUUCACGCGCACCCACACGCGAACGUGACUUGGUAUAAAAAUCAGAAAGAAUUACCAAAGAAAGGGAGGAUCUCGCAAAAGGAAAAUAAAUCAAGAUACACUCUUAGGAUUAUGCGUACGACUGAACAGGAUUUCGGUGACUACACCUGCCAAGCUAAGAACAAGUUGGGCCAAGCAAGCAAGACAAUUACUCUUACCGGAGCUCCAUCCCAAGCAAUCAUUUUCGGAGCAUCGUUAAUGACGAAUGACAACAAUGAUUUUGUUUUAAAAUGGCGUCUCGAAAGCUACUCUCCUAUUGCCCAAUACAAACUGAAAUAUCGUCGCAAAGGGGACGAACAAUGGCAAGAAAUGGAACCUCGUGUCAAAGAUGGCGACGGAAAUCAAUAUAUAGUAGAACAUGUUAUUGUUGGCCUUGAUGCUGGAAAUUAUGAAGCGGUCCUCGAAGCAAGAAAUUCAUUUGGUUGGUCACUUCCAUCUAAGCCUGUUACUUUCAAGAAAGAAAACGUUGAGAAAAUAGAAGCAGCAAGUGUCGGUGGAUCGGCAGUUUCGAUCCGACCAUUUUGGGCUAUCCAAGUGUCACUCCUAGUCGUUUGUGCCUUCAGAAAACUGUAAUUAACGAAACUGUUUUAACUACGUAGGUAAUUUACUGCAGCCAAAGCUACACCAGAAAACGUCGUGGUGCGAUUAAUAAUGUAAGGGAUGCCUUGGGAGAAGCUUCAUUAUUCAAAUACGCUUCCUGAAACAUCCGUUGUCUUCGUCGAACACUCUACGUA